UGUCUAUGCAGCGAGAUGCUUAAGUCUGUUUUCUUCUUCCUCUGUGUUUAUUUUUCUCGUCUUAAUUUGUUUUUUCUACCUUCAGCCCUUUAAAUAGCUCAUACAUCUUGCAUAAACCUGUGUGUGUGACAGCAAAAAGCCAUAUAUUGCAGAAUUUUAUCAUAUGCAAUUGUGUCAGGCUGUGAAGAAAAACUGGAAGACUGUGAUGUAGCCUUCUUUGCAUGAGCACAUAGCCUAGAUUCAAGCACUAGAAAUUAAUUAUGCAUUUAAGUCAUGGUGGUGUUUAGUAAGAUCCGGAUUUCAUGCCUUUUUUGGGGCCACUUGCAUCAAAAUGACAUCAUACCGAGAAUAAGUCCCGGAAGACGGUGAAUCAUUUUAGUUUUUUCGGGAACGGAGGUAAGCAGAGUGAGAUGGCUCAGCAUUGCGAGGGUGUUUGAGUGUGUGUGUGUGUGUGUGUUUGUCAAUGUAAAAUGGCGUCUCUCGUAAGAAGCGCCCCCAGUGCAUUAUGGUUCCUGCGUCCCAGCAGAUGCCCAUAUGCUGAAUUAGAGCUUUCUCACACUCCCACCUGAACCCCCCUCUUGCGUCUAACACACACUCAGGAUUCAUGACAUCAGAGCCUGACGGCUGCGGAUCGCAUGAAUGCUGUUCUGUACCCCGUAUCUAUUCUGCUGAAGUGGAGAGAAACAAGUGUAGGGGUGGUGGGCAACAGUUUUCCCGCCUCAAAGGAUUGGAGGUGGGCAACUGGAGCGGGCUCAUUAGUUUCCCCGAUGACGGAGGGAUGAAGCCGGCCAGAAAUGGGAGGAAAAGGUAUCUGGAACGCCCCGAUGGCUCUUUGGAGUUCAACUCCACUUCCUGCAAGGAACUACGGCAAGAAAUCACAGAUGUGAAAGUACUGACCAUGGUGAAGACAUCAGAGCUGUUUGAGCGAUGGAGGAACCUGCAGGUGUGUAAGUGGGCGCAAAACAAGGAGCAGGCGGAGAACUUCAGAACGUCUCUGUCCCGUUGCUGCAAUGCCCCCUCCUUCCUGUUUACCACAAAGAGAAACACUCCCUCGGGCAGCAAACUGCGUUAUGAGGUGGAUACGAGUGGAAUCUUGCACAUCAGCCCGGAGAUCUUUAAAAUGUUCCCUGAUGACAUGCCCUAUUCCAAAUCCCAGUUUAAGAAAUGUGCCGUCAUCGGGAACGGCGGCAUCAUCAAAAACAGCAAAUGUGGACGAGAGAUUGAUGCAGCUGACUUUGUCUUCCGAUGUAAUAUUCCUCCCAUCUCAGAUAUGUACAGUGAAGAUGUGGGAUCUAAGACUGACCUUGUUACAGUAAAUCCCAGCAUUAUUACUGAGAGGUUUCAAAAGUUGGAGAAAUGGAGAAAGCCAUUUUACGACGUUCUGCGGAAUUACGAGAACUCCUCUGUGGUUUUGCCGGCGUUCUAUAACACACGGAACACAGACGUGUCGUUCCGCGUGAAGUACAUGCUGGAUGACUUCGAGUCGGCCCGCGGCGUGUUCUUCUUCCACCCGCAGUACCUGCUGAAUGUGCAGCGCUUCUGGGCCGUGCAGGGCGUCCGCGCCAAACGCCUCAGCAGCGGCCUGAUGCUGGUCACCGCCGCCAUGGAGUUAUGCGAACAAGUGCAUCUCUACGGCUUCUGGGCAUUUCCCAUGAACCCCUCCGGAAUCUUCAUAACACACCAUUACUAUGACAAUGUCAAGCCCCGCCCCGGUUUCCACGCCAUGCCGUAUGAGAUCUUCAACUUCAUGCACAUGCACGCUCGCGGCAUCGUGCACGUGCACACGGGCCCCUGCAGGUGAAACGUCCAAGCGUCUCUGCAAUCUGAUUGGUCCGUUUUGUAGAGCUCCUCCCAUUCACUGGCGCUACGGAACUCAGACUUAUGUGCGUGUGCGCGAAUCGCUGCCUUAAAGGCCAGGCGUUUUAUUACUACGUGUUUUUUCAAUAUCGUGUCGGGACAGUUGCAAAAUGGUACGUGUUUCCUGUUUGGUGAUUUUCCGUAAUGGUGUAGUAUUUGUGUAUCAGAGCAGAUAUCACGUUUUAAACUUUGUGAGGAGGUGCCAAACCAGGCGCGACACAAUAAAGCGCAACAAUCGGGUUCUGGAAGUAAAAAUUCAUUCAUUUUCUCCAUAGGAAAUUGAUUUUUAAUGGUAAAACUUUUAAGACAGACUUGUUGUGAGCGCUGAGGUUAUUAAUCGAUGGUAAAUGCUUUUGUUGAAGCCAUCUGUUCACAUUAAUUCAACUUAUUUCUAAAAUAAUC